AUGUCGCAGCGGCUGCAGGCCCUGCAGGUGGCUGUGGAGCACGGGCGGCUGGACCUUGGGGCCAGGGACGCGCGGAUAGAGGCGCUGGAGACGGCCGUGGAGGAGGGCGGGCAGGCGACGGCGGUGGCCGAGAGGGCCCGGCAGGAGGCGGUGGCGCGGUGCGCGGAGCAGGCGGCGGCUCUGAGGGAGGAGGUAGGCGCCCUGGCGGCGGACAACGACGUGCUGAGGGGGGAGGUGGCGGCGCACGCGCGAGUGAAGCAGAGCACCGCGGAGAAGCUGGAGAGGGUGAGGCGGAAGUUGGGCCUGACGGCCACCGAGAGCCAGCACUUUGUGCAGGAGCUGGAUGCUGCAAAGAGCCAAAACGCUGAGCUCCAAGUCUUCAACACGCAGCUGGUGUCUGAGAAUGACCUCCUCAAGCAACAGUGCAAUCAACAUUCCCGCCAUUGCCUGAUGCUGAUCAAGGAGAACCACAGGAUGAUGGGACACCUGGGCAGGUUGAAAGGGAAGCUCCAAAAUGCCAAGGAGCAUAGCAGGGGCUUGUUUGAGGUCAAUGCUCACCCAAAAGUCCCAAAGAAAGCGAAGGUUGGGGCCGCAAGAAAACAGCAAGGCUUCAACAAGUCUUGUCCAGGGGACGCCCUUGUGCAGAAAGUACUGUUGGAGGCAGCUGCGUUUCGCAGGAGACGUCAGCAGACCGGUGGAACUGGGCCCAUGUCCACCGAAACGAUCGGCACAGUCAUCACACAGCCCAUUCCACUCACCUCGGGCACUGAGGACGGGAACUCCAGUGCUGGCAGCGAAGACAGCUCUGACACAUCCGUGGCAUCAGAACGCUGCAGCUGA